AAAUAAUAUUCGCCGCCACUGCGCAUCGCUGAAUACAUCUCAUACACAGUAUCACAGCGGUUCAACAUGGCGUCCAUACCAGUGAUUGUCAAGCACCAGGGCAAGAAGCACGAAGUCGAGGUCGACAUCUCUUCCAACGGCGAGACCUUCAAGUACCAGCUCUUCUCCAUCACCGGUGUCGAGCCCGAGCGCCAGAAAAUUCUCGUCAAAGGCGGCCAGCUCAAGGAUGACGCCGAUAUGUCGAAGCUGGGGCUUAAGUCCGGGCAAACGAUCAUGAUGAUGGGCACGCCCUCUGGCGACAACACGAACGUUAUCGAGAAGCCCAAGGAGAAGAUCAAGUUCUUGGAGGACAUGGAUGAGGCGGAAGCCGCGCAGCUGGAAGGCGCCACGCCGGCCGGUCUGCAGAACUUGGGCAACACAUGUUACAUGAACUCGACACUCCAGGUGCUGAGGUCUGUUCCUGAGCUGCAGGAAGAGCUUCUGCGUUAUGCUGACAGCGGCGCCGGCUCGUCCAGAUCAGCAAACCAGAUUAGCCAGUUCGGCCUUGGUGGCCUCGGCGCCUCCAUGGACCUCACAGGAUCCCUCCGCGAUCUCUUCAAGCAGAUGGGUGAGACCCAGCAAGGCUUCCCUCCUCUCAUGUUUCUCAACGCUCUCCGAACCGCCUUCCCACAGUUCGCGCAGAAAGCAAAGGACGGACACGGUUACGCUCAGCAGGAUGCCGAGGAAGCUUGGUCACAGAUUGUCGCACAGCUGCGACAAAAGCUACAGAUCAAGAACGAGUCAGACGCGGAGAAGAAGGCGGAUGUUUCUUGGAUUGACAAGUUCAUGUCCGGCAGGUUCGAGUCGGUCAUGGAGUGCGACGAGCCUGCGGCGAAGGAGAUGGGCGAGGAGCCAGUCACCAGCGAGGACUCGUUCUUUAAGCUCAACUGCCACAUCAACGUCGAGACGAAUCAUCUGAGAGACGGUCUCGCUGCUGGUCUAAAGGAGCAGAUUGAGAAGCGCUCGGAGCUUUUGGGCCGAAACGCGGUAUACACGAAGACAUCCAAGAUUUCGCGACUCCCUGUACACCUGCCGGUACACUUCGUACGAUUCGACUGGCGCCGCGACACCAACAAGAAGGCGAAGAUUAUGCGCAAGGUCACAUUUCCCGAUGAACUGGACGCGAUAGAGUUCUGCACGGACACACUGAAGAAGCAGUUGAUCCCCGUGCGCGACAAGAUCCGGGACGUGCGCAAGGAAGAGAUUGAUAUUGAGCGUGCCCGUAAGCGACAGAAGCGUAUGAGGGCUGGCGAGGAGAACGAUAGCGACCCGCUCGCACAGAAGGAGCCUCUCCAGAAGAAGAAGGAAGCCGCACAGAAGAAGGAUGAUGCAAACAAGCCCGCCGAGCCCGAGGAGGAGAUUGAGUACAAGACAGAUGCUCAGAUCGAGGCUGAGCGCGCGGCAUCAAUCCUGGCUGCUAAGAAGGAGGUGCUGUCGCUGGUGAGCCCCGAACUCGCCGCAGACGAGGGUGCCAAUCAGACUGGUCUGUACGAGCUUCGCGGUGUCAUCACACAUCAGGGUGCCAGCGCUGACAGCGGUCACUACACCUCCUUUGUCAAGAAGCAGGGCGCAAAGGACCCUGUGACUGGCAAGAGGAAGGCUGAAGAUGGCAAGUGGUGGUGGUUCAACGAUGACAAGGUCUCUGAGGUCGACGCUGAGAGGAUUCAGACCCUGUCUGGUGGAGGUCAAAGCCACUCGGCUCUCAUCCUUCUGUACCGUGCAGUACCGCUGCCCACCGUUGACGAGGACGUCGAGAUGUCUUAAGUAGGCGCUCUUUAGUUGACGACUUCCUUCUGUAUGCACAUAGACUUUGAUUAUCUCACCAUUCACGGUGCAGAGCAGUUGGCAUUGCAUAAGAGGCUAGAUAAAGGCAUAGCAGGACCAGUGUUACGACAUGAUGAAUUGAAG